GUCCAUAGCAUUGUUCACACAGAAGAAUUUAGACCAAAAUAUGCUCUUCAGAAUGGCACGCAAUGAAUAAUAUUUUAGGACACAUGAUUGGAUUUCAAGAUAUAGACAAGUACAUCAGAUAGAGAAGGACAUUGUGAAAGUGUGGAGGACUCUGAGUGCUUUUUCCAUAGCCAACACAGUAUAAAAACACCAACAUGGGAUCGUCUCCAUCUAGCCCAAGUGACAGCUCAUUGAACCAGAAGACCGGCAACGCGUGGACCAAAACCUUGUUCUUCGACCCCGAAGCAGACAAACCACAAAAGCAAGAACACACCUUUCCUGACGACGAACUUCUGAGCAAGAUGAAGAGUUUGACAACAUCCAUCUACCAAAGACAGAUAACUCGAGUCCGAGUUCAUACAGCAGCACACACAAAAAACUGGAAAGACUAUGUACCAUUCAAUCAACAUGUGCCCUUUUUUAAACAUGGCACACACAUUUUCUUGGUUGUCAGAGUUGAUACUGAAACAUGGUUCUCCCUGGAGAUUAAUAAUGGCGGUAUUACAAUUCAGCAAAGCCAAAGACUUGAUGCUGUAACAAAGUUUUGCCGGGACAGAACGCGAACAAACGUGGACGGACCAAAAGAAGACUUUAAAAAACAUAGCAGCUGUGCAAAGGUCACAUUGGGUGAUUUACUUGCAUGGUUACAGAAAAGGUCCAAACAGUGGAGACAGUCAAACUGUUAUGAUUUUGCUACCGAAAUGUUCGAAUAUCUUACUGAAACGGCACUUGAAAUCACAAAGCCUGAGGACGUAUGUGGAGAUGAGAUAAUACCUGAUGAAGAAGGUAAAUAUUACGCCUACUUCAACGCAGAAGCUGAUCCAGACAAAGGGAGCUCAAAGUAUUGGAUAACAGACGACCAACUGAAACACCUACUUGAAUCGUAUCUUGACGCCGAUGAGAAAAUAAGGACUGUUACUGUCUAUAAGAAACCUCUCUCCGAGAAACAGCUGACCUUUGUGCUAUUUUACCACCUAUUCAUAAUUUUUCAAACAGAUACUUGGUGGUGGUCGAUUGAAAAAAAUAAGGAAGGCCUUACCAUUCAACGGAGCAAGGAACAAGAAGCUGUGCGAGACAGCUACCGACGGGAACCCAGGCUGACAAAGGGCAAAAAUUAUUGGGAAGUUACUGAAGUGCAAUCCGACGCUGGGAACAAGACGAUUAAGGAACUGAUAGUCUGGCUUGAAGAUAAGAAAUGGCUCUUCCGCACCUACCACUACUCGUCCAGCAACUGCCAACACUUUGGUAAAGCUGUGUUCGAUUAUGUAUCUAAACAUGACCUUCUUAAUAUUGCAACAUAGAAAUUGUCACAACGGAAAGAAAAUCAAGUCACCAGUAUCAAACAAUAUACUCAGGCUGACUUACAAGGCCACACGUUUUUGUUACUUUCGGUUUUCCAAUCAAAAAUGUAUUUUUUGUGCUUUCAAUUGGUCAUUUCUCUGUGGACAAUAUGUUUUCAAGAAUAAAAAUAUCUUCCUCGAAAACUUUUGCCAAAUUUAUCUGUGGACACUUUCAGUAAAAAAAUUUGAAUCGAAUUACCAGCAAAAUUCUCAGUGGGCAAGACAUCAUUCUUGAAAUAUCUGUCUUCCAUUUCGAAAUCAUUUCUUUAAUAUUCCGUGGACAAUUAAACUAAAAAUUUUAACAAAAUAUAUUCUCAUCGAAUUUUGAACCAAAAAUCAUGAGGGAUAAAAGGCCAUCACAUCUUUCUGUUCCAUUUCUAGAUUCAUAUAAUAUCUCUCUGUGGACAACAUUGAAAAACGUGAGAAUGAGAAUGAGAACUUAAAACCUUUUGUGGACGCCUUUUGGUCAUCGGACAAAUAUGGCUUUGAAUUGAGGAGAGAAAUAUGGGCUUGUGACAAAGAAAUUAAACAUUUUGUGAACAUGUUUUCGUGCACAAAAAUUUUUCUGUUCGAAAUUGAAAAGUAAGCUAUUUAAGGACGCUUUUUUAGUCCACUGAAAAAUAUGGCUUUGAGCCUGAAAAACAUUUCGAAAUUUGAGAAUUUUGUGGGCGUUUUUGGUCCACUGAGUAAUGUGGCGUGGAAAUAUUGAUUACUAACAUUUUGUGGACAUUAUUUGGUGCACUGAAAAAUAUGGCUGUGGGACUAGGAAAUUAAACAUUUUGUGGACGCUUUUUGGUACUCAAAGGAAAAUGGCAAUGAAGUUGAGAAAUA